AUGAGUAAAUCACUAAAGCGACAACCAUCAAAAAUAAGCGUAAUAAUUAAAAGUAAGGAAUAAUUUGAAAAGAAGUUUAUCACAGAAUCUUAUCUUGUUUAUAAUUCUCUCAAAUAUUUCUGUCAAUAACAGAAAGAAUAUGGAGAGAAGUAUAGUAAUUAUGUUUUGGGCAUUUAAACAAUUAGUGAAAACAAGAAUACCAAAACUUUAACAGUUACCUAUGCUUGUGAUAAAUCUGCUACUCCUUUAUCAAAAAUUAAAUACUCUUCACCAAAACAUAAAAUUUAGAUAUUCAAACAUUUGUACUUAAUUUAUGGGUUUUUGAACAAAUAAAAAAUUCUCCAUAGAAACCUUAAACCAAAUAAUAUAAUUUUCUAUAAUCAAUAAUUAUUACUUACUGAUUUUGGUUAUAUGCUAGGUGAUUGGUGGAUUGAUAAAAUUAAUUUUAUAGAUGAAAAUGAUGAUAUCCGUAACAAUAAUAUGUACCCAUAUGUAUUUCCAGAUAUUGCAGAUCUCAUUAUCGCCAUUUAGUGUUAGACUGAAGUAGGUGGGAGAAAAAGGGAUUUUCUUAUUGGCAGGGAUAAAUUAUCUGUGAAAAAGCAGGAUUAAUUUGCAAUCGCAAUUAUGAUGUUAGAGGUCUUUAUUACUAUGUAUAACAGAAAAUUAACUACUGCUAAUGAAAGAUUAAAGCAGAUUAAUGAGAUGACAUUAUCAGAUGAGUUUUCAAUUGAAGUUGAAAAAUUCAUAAAAGAAACAAUUAUAGGUAUAUUAUAUUAUAAAGAUUUUGAUGAAACUGAAUUCGAAAAGAAAUUAUAAAUGAUUAUUGAAAUUGAAUAAUAGACUGAAAAUUACAAAAUCAAUAAAUAGGAAUUAAUGACAUAAGAAUAUGAUGAUUUAGUAAAAUAAGUCUUAGAAAAUAAAGAUACUUAAUUUAAUUUAAAACUUCUAUAUCACUUUAGUAAAACAGACCUUUUCGAUUGCUUAAGUAUUGCAAAAAAUCAAGAAAAUAAAGAAUUAAUAGAAGAGAUUAGAAGAUUUUAACUUCUGUAUUCAUAUAUUGAUGACUUAAGUCUAGAUACAACAGAGGAACAUAUUAAUUAAUUGACAAAUGAAGAUUUAUUCAUUUUAUUAGUUUAUUUGGAUAAAAAAAUCCAAAACUUAUAAAUUUCUUAAAAUCAAUAACCAUUUCAGAUUAUGUCCGAAUAUGAAUAGCGAUAUCAUAAUUUAAAACAUUCUCUAAAGAACGAAUAUUAAAGAUUGAAUAAUUUAAAAAAAAACUAAUUUGCAUUUAAUGAGAUAUUUGAAAAAAAAUAAGAAAUACAAUUUUCAAUCAUCUCGAUAGAUGACGAAGCAUUUGGAGAGAUCUAAGAAGAAGUAGUUAAUAGGAAUAGUGUUGUAAAUAAUUCUCAGUUUAAUACUGAUGUAAUAUAACAUGAUUAUGCAAUUUAUUAAUCGAUUGAGUAGUAAUAAGACUAAGACUUUAUUCCUAUUUAUCAAAUAUAUGAUUAAUCUAAUGAUUACACUAGUCAAUUAAAACUCUUAGAAGCAGUUAAAAGCAUAUUCAAUAAUUACACUCUGCAAAUAUAUUUUGAAAUUAACAAAUCCUUGUUAUUGAAAAAAGGUUGGAUAUAUAAGCAUAAAGAUCAUCCUAACGUUAUUUAUCUCGGUGAAAAAAGAGAUAAUGUUUUUGAAGGAGAAGUGAUAUAAUUUGAAGAAGAAUAAAGUAUUAAAAGGAUAUCCCAUUAUGUUCAUGUCUAAAUACAAUUAAGCGUUUGGAACAUUUAAGACAUCGAAAAAGAGUCAUCGAUUUUUUAUUACAUAGAAAAGAGUACUCCAGAAAAGUUCUAAAAAGUUAGAGAAUACUCAGGCUAAAUUAAAAAUGGGAAGAAUGAUGGAGAGGGAAAAGAAAAAGAUUUUAUUGAAAAUAUGAUUUAUAUUGGAUAGUGGAGAGAUGGAUAAAUGGUCAAUUAGGGAAUUAAGUACUUAAUGAAUACUGAUUUGAUAUUAGAAAAUACUCCCUAUAAAUGGGAAGGAAAUUUUGAAAAACAUAAAUUACAUGGGUAAAGCAUAAAGACUUAUUUAUUAAAUUACGAUAAUAAAGAAAUCUGGUUGGAAGGAAGCUAUAAAGAUGGUUAAAAAAGUGGAUUUCAUGUCUGCUACAUCAAAAGAGAAAUUAAUUAUUAAGUUUAAACAUUUAGGCUUUACAGAUCUCUGUUCUUUGUAUUUUUAAAUAAAGAACGUGAAUUUAAGUUAACUUGCAAUUGA